ACCUUGACCUAGAUUUUCGUAACACCGUAGACACAACUAGAACUUCACAAAAUUACAUGAGAAAUCAAUAAAUUUCUUUGACGCCAAUUUGGAAAAUGUUCAAUAGGAAAUCAUGAAUUACGCAUGGGUAGCCACGGAUAAGCAGGAAGAUCUGUAACAAUGGCGUAUGAAACUACAGUGGCAGAAGAAGACAUUAUUAAAGUCAGUGACAAGGAUGGAAACGUCAUGGAGCUGCUGGAAUCAGGGGGACAAUACCUUAGUGCCCGAGGUGUCAUUGCAGGAAAGUUCCCAAACCCAAAGACCAAUUUUCCACGGAUGAAAGCGAUGAAUGUCAGAUCAGAUGACAUUUUUGUCUGUGCUUAUCCCAAAGCAGGAACUCACUGGACGUGGGAGAUCAUCAGUAUGAUUCUUCAACAGAGUGCGGAGUACCACCCUAAAGAAAAGGCAACUCAUAUGUUGGAGUUCCACACCCCGGAAGUGCUAGAGUCCUUGACGUCACCACGAAUUUUAAAUACACACCUGCUGCCAAAUAGUAUACCUGACCAAUUCUCUCAGAAACGUUGCAAAAUGGUUUUUGUUCAGCGCAACCCAAAAGACAUCGCAGUGUCAUUUUAUCACCAUUGUACGCUUAAAUUGAUGAAGUUCUCUGGAUCCUUCGUCCAAUUUAUGGACUUCUUUAUGGAGAAACACGGACCAAUGUAUUUCUGCGCAUGGCCAACUUACACAUCAGAUUGGGGAAACUAUAUUAAAGAACAUGCAGAUCACCCGGUUCAUUGCAUCAUGUAUGAAGACCUACAUCAGGAUGCAAUCAGUGAAAUACAGCGUUUGGCUGCCUUCUUGGAUAAACCAUGUGACGAUGAAUUGGCCAGACAGAUUGCUGAAAAAUGCUCUUUUCAAAAUCUAAAGAACGCCGCUUCAAAUAUUAAGGAAGGAGAAGAGAAGAUGAAUAUGAAUGUUUUCAGAAAAGGAAAAGUCGGCGACUGGAAAAACCAUUUUACUGUUGCUCUAAACGAGGAGUUUGACCAGUAUCUACAACGCCACAAAACAACCGUAGAAUAUAAAUUUGAAACUUACCGGUACACGUUGAGUCUCAUGUAUGAAAAUACAGUGGCAGAAGAAGACAUUAUUAAAGUCAGUGACAAGGAUGGAAACGUCAUGGAGCUGCUGGAAACAGGGGGACAGUACCUCAGUGCCCGAGGUGUCAUUGCGGGAAAUUAUCCAAAUCCUAAAACCAAUUUCCCACGAUUAAAAGCAAUGAAUGUCAAAUCAGAUGACAUUUUUCUCUGUGCUUAUCCUAAAGCAGGAACUCACUGGACGUGGGAAAUCAUCAAUAUGCUUCUUCAACAGAGCGCGGAGUACCACUCUAAAGAAAAGGAUACCCACAUGCUGGAGUUCCACACCCCGGAAGUGUUGGAGUCCUGGACCUCGCCCCGAGUUUUUAACACACAUUUGCGACCAAAUAAUUUACCAGACCAAUUCUUUAAGAAACGUUGCAAAACAGUUUUUGUUCAGCGUAACCCAAAAGACUUGGCCGUAUCAUUCUAUCACCACUGUUUACUUGUAGCCGUAAAAUUCCCUGGAUCCUUCUCCCAGUUUAUGGAUUUCUUCAUGGAAAAACACGGACCAAUGUAUCACUGCGCAUGGCCAACUUACACAUCAGAUUGGGGAAACUAUAUUAAAGAACAUCCAGACCACCUGGUUCAUUGCAUCAUGUAUGAAGACCUACAUCAGGAUGCAAUCGGUGAAAUACAGCGUUUGGCUGCCUUCUUGGAUAAACCAUGUGACGAUGAAUUAGCGAGACAGAUUGCAGAAAAGUGCUCUUUUCUAAAUCUAAAGAACGCCGCUUUAAAUAUAAAGGAAGGAGGAGAGAGGAUGAAUCCGAAUUUUUUCAGAAAAGGAAAAGUCGGCGACUGGAAAAACCAUUUUACUGUUGCUCUAAACGAGGAGUUUGACCAGUAUCUACAACGCCACAAAACAGCCGUAGAAUAUAAAUUUGAAAUUUAGUAAUUUUGUCCAGUCUUUAUAUAACAGAACAAGAUGAAAGAUGAUUUUAUGGCCAUUAUUUUUUAUUUUAUUGAUUGAUUAUUGAUUAUUAAUGGAUUUUAUGUCUAUUAUGUAUUAUGUCCAGUCUUUAUAUACCAGAACAAGAUUAAAGAUGAUUUUAGUAAUGUCCAUCAUUUAUAGGUUGAACUAUGAUACAGAUAAUUGGACAACC